AGGCGGAGGCGGACGACUUCAGUUGAGCCCCGACUCGAUUGUUUACAGCGCGUCAUUGACUCGUUCGACAGAACAAAUUGGGUCGAGGGGCUUCAUGGCCGAUUCCGACGGGGAUUUCGGGCCUCCGAGCGUGAAAAUUCCCCGUUUGAGCGAGCCGGCCGUGGAUUCUCCGAAGGACGUCAUACCGCAGGACUUGCUCAAGAUCUACGAAGACAUCGACACGGUAAGUGAGAGCGAGUUGAUUCACAUAAGCGAAUCGGAAAGCGAGAGCGAAAGCGAUUCCGAGUCAUCCGGUGAUGGCAAUCCACCUGAAGUGCAAGGAGAGGAAGUGGAAUGGAGCGACGUCCCUAACAACGAAGAAGGGUACCAAGUCUAUAACAAAACGCCGGGUUUGAUCGCGCCGCCUCAGAAGAGUGAACCCAUCGACUACUUGCUCUUGCUAAUCGACAACGAGCUGUUCGAUUUGAUAUGCGAGCGCACGAAUAACUAUGCCAGUAAACUUAUGAAGGAAGACGGAAACGAGAAGGCUCACGAUUGGGUCGAACUCAAAACCUGCGAGUUGAAAAUAUUCGUCGGACUCCUCUUACACAUGGGUCAUCUUCAAAUACCGCAUAUCGAAGACUACUGGAACAAAGAUCCUCUCUUUAACAUGACAUGUUUUUCAUCCCACAUGAGUUUAAACAGAUUUUUGAUGAUUCUCAAAUGCCUGCGAUUCGCGGACGACACCGAAGAGGACGCGAGUGAAACUUGCAAGCUGAAGAAUUUGAUCCACCAUUUUAACAAAGCUAUGUCCACCCUUUACAUCGGAGCGCGGGACCUCACCGUCGAUGUGCCAGUUACCCCUCACAAAGGGAGAAUAGUCAUGAGCCACGAUCCAAAAAACAAAGGGGGAAAACAUGGCAUCAAGCUGUACUCCUUGUGCGAUGCUCACGGAGUCGUCAUCAAGUGCUGCCUGUUCGGCGGCGAAAAAGGCAGGAUGCCGGUCGAGGAUAUCGUCAUGGAACUGGUCUCCGAUCACCUGUUUCACGGUCACUCUCUCUACUUGGUAGAAUUUUACACUAGUUUAAAAUUGGCGUCGUUACUCAAAGAAGGAGGGACCUACUGCACCGGCGUCCUCAGGUCGGACCGUUUGCCCAAAGGCUACGACGUCCCAUCUCUGAAUCAAGGGCAGUUAGUGACUAAAUACUCCAAAGGUGUUGCCGUCUGCAAAUGGAAAGACAGAAGACACACGCUCUACAUCACUUCGGUGAACAACAACCAGAUGGUCAACAUCAAAAGCCAGGGAAAGCUGAAAACGAGACCUAAAGCCCUGGUAGAUCACGAGUACAUGAUCAAUUCGAAAAGGACGGACGACGUCUUCGAAUACUACCCCUGCGAGAAGCUGAGGCUGCGGUGCUUUAAGAAAUUUGCGGUACACUUGAUUCAACUGAUGGUACUCAAUGCGUACCGACUUUUCUCCCUCCACGCAGACGACAGUUACAGCCUGCUCGACUUCCGCCUCUCGAUCGUACGCGAACUGCUCUCAUUGAAAAGGGUCUUCUUGACUAGGUUCCUCGGAUCGGCCCACCAUCUCCCGACGCGGCACUCGGUCAACGAACGCGGCAAAGCCCUCAGAAAGAGGUGCAAGCUCUGCUACAGCCAAGGAAGGCGAAAAGACACCACUUACUACUGCUCACAGUGUCCUGACACACCAGCCCUGUGUCUACAUCCAUGUUUUCCAAGGUUUCACCAUUCGGACCUUCUUACCAUCGUUUAUAAGUAAAACGUUCUAUGUGCGAUAUCGUUGUAUGAUGAUACUUACGUACAAAAAUGAUUCAAUAACGAAAUCAAAUACUUUGACAGUUAAAAGCUAUCGCAGUUUCUUAAAACCGAGGAUUUCAUUGUUUAUAAUUAAUUUUGAAUUGUGUUUAAAUGUACAUUGUUAUUAAUCGACAAAACGAAUACCACACAAUACGUUUUUGUUAAGCCCUACAGUUUCAAUUCUUAGGCGAGCAAGCUGGAGCGAUUCCAGCACGCUUAGCAAAUUGAAAUUAAAUUUGUAUAUAAAUCUUGUACAAUUUACUUUUUUCCCGUUUCUUAAUUGACAUUACGAAAUACACCAAAACUCACACGAAUAGUUCAAAAUUUCUCCACCAUUGAGUAAUGAGACGAGGUCAAAAUAGGAAGAUGCUUAACGUCAAAACUAAAACGAAUAUUACAUUUUAAGAUUUUAAUUACGGAAAUCUCUUUUCUUUUUUUUUCUUUUUUUAUUGUUUCUCAUUGUUAACUGUUUUUAGCAUACUAAUCGGACAGGGAAAUUAUCGAACUAUGGAAAUUGAACUGGCGUAGAUGUUAAUAUUUGAAGUGUUACGUACUUGGCCGCCGUAGUAUCAAUAAAAACUAAAUAUUACGGAGAUACAGUAUACGUUUCUAUGUUUGAUCUCAACAAUAAAAAUAGUCCAAGUCUAUGUAUAUUUUGAAUAUAUGUAUUUUGUUAUAUUUACAUGUAAAUAAGUUUUUGAAAAAUGGAUGUUUUUUCUUUUAUGAACCCUUUCUGAUUAAGUUUACAUAUAGACUUUAAAUAAAUAAUAAGGAAAACAGGUUUAUACAGCUGAACUGCAUGUAAAGUUCA